GACAUACAGGCCUCUCACCAGGAAAUAUUCUCGGUGUCAACCCCUGAUAGGAGAUACUUUGUCAUUGACUUUGCCGGGCAGCUCAACGGCAUGAACCCCAACAUCAUCCCCCAUCCCACGCUCGCCGAUACGUGGAUCGUGGUGGCACAGCUGGUGCGGAGCGCUGAAGAGCAGAGCGUCUACUUCACGGAACUCGUCUGCAAUGCCGUCUUCCAGGGCGGUGUCUUGCGGUGCCUUGCGCCUCCUACAGCACUUCCUGUUGCACCAACACAAGGCAACAACUGCAACGGCGACCUCGCCUUCUUUGGUCUCAAUGUCGGCCCUCACGAUGCCCGCGUUCUUUACGGACCAGAGAACCCGUACAUUGUGUAUGGGUCGAAUUCGCAGUAUACCUGCUUUGGCCAGUUCAUUCAGGACUUUCGCCAGCUCGUCGACUGGCCAGCCUCGGAGACUGGCCCAAGGGACUUUUUGACGGGCACAGAACUGCAGCGUCCUCUUCCGUGGGGCGCCAUUGAGAAGAACUGGUUUCCAUUUUGGGAUCCGGCCGGCCAGAUGUAUAUUCAUUACGACGUCGCGCCCAAGCGCGUCUUUGCCCGAGCCCAGGCCGAUGGCUCCGUCAGCGUCAACCUGGCGGUGCUCACCGAGGCGCAAGACGACAAGUGCCUCGCAAGAUACAUGCCCAAAGAAGCAGACAACGGCCUCGAAUCGGUCCAUCAAGCAAGCAAUUCACUCAAGGUCACCAUGUGCAGGCGGUCUGACGCAGGCUGCGUGCCCAGCAAGGACAACACCUUCAUCUUCACCAUCUGGCAGCACAAGACCUUUUACAACUUCCACGGCGUCUACGAGCCGUACGUCAUGCUCUUCCAGCAGGAGGCGCCCUUUGCCGUGCACGCCGUGUCGAAGCGGCCCCUUUGGAUCCACGGCCGGCAGCAGCACUUGGAUCUGCUCACCUCGGACAUGUUUUACGUUACGUCGAUUGCGUGGAAGAGGGCCGACCUGCGGUAUCACGGAUUCCUGGAUGACGAGCUGUUUAUUGGAUUUGGCAUUGAGGAUGGGGCGUCUGGGGCGAUUGACGUUAUGGCGGAGGAGUUGAUGUCGGGACUUGGUCUUUGCAGCGAGGCGUAA